AGUAUACUGCAACCAGAGGGGAGUAACGUGUAACCAGGAAAAUGACGGGCACAAGUCAGAAGAUCUGUUGUGAAAAUGAUGCAAAAAACAACAAAGGCUGCAGGAAUCCAUUCAACAAUAUCAAGAUCUUUGUGGUUUGUCAUGGACUCCUGCAGCUCUCCCAGCUCCUUCUGUCUGCCUACCUCAAGAGUUCAAUUUCCACUAUUGAGAAGCGCUUUGGGAUCUCCAGUCAGACAUCUGGGAUUCUGGCUUCCUUUAAUGAGAUUGGGAACACCGUGCUUAUUGUCUUCGUCAGCUACUUUGGAAGUCGAGUACACCGGCCACGGUUCAUCGGGUGUGGAGCUCUGAUCGUCUGCCUUGCUGGAUUUAUUAUGUGUCUACCUCAUUUUAUUAUGGGACAGUACGAAUAUGACAAAUCUUUCGCUAGCGUCUACAGUAACACAACGGAUAUUUGUCAGUCUGGACUAUUAAGCCAAAGUCCCAGCAGUGAUCAGUGUGUGGCAAAGACUCAAACAGACAACAAGAAUGUCUUGUCCAUCCUGUUCAUCGGUCAGAUUCUCCUCGGGAUCGGUGGUGUGCCCAUUCAGCCUUUCGGAAUUUCUUACAUUGACGAUUACGCCAGCAAAAGGAACUCGCCUCUUUACAUAGGCAUCCUCUUUGCUGUGACGGUGAUGGGCCCCGGCGUCGCUUUCAUCCUGGGAUCGGCCAUGUUACGCUACUAUGUGGACAUUGACAAGCUCCCAGCCAGUGAAAUCGUCCUCACCCCCAGUGACCCGCGCUGGAUCGGCGCCUGGUGGCUGGGCUUCAUCGUGGCGGCCAGCGUUGUGGCCCUGGCCUCCAUUCCCUACUUCUUCUUCCCCAAAGAAAUUAUUAAACAGGUCAAGCAUGAGAGCGCAGAUGAGAGCAAACCCGGCCUGAUGGAUGCCUUCAAGAAUAAUCCUGACAGAAGUGAACCCCUGUCCUUGGCACAGUUCAUCAGAGUUUUUCCAAAAGUUUUACUCAGGACGUUGAAAAAUCCAAUCUAUAUCUUGGUGGUUUUGGCUCAAGCCAAUCUGUCGGCCAUGAUAUGCGGGGUGGCGACCUUCAUGGCCAAAUUUCUGGAGAGGCAGUUCUCGAUCACGGUGUCCUUGGCUAAUCUGUUGAUCGGAUCCGUGAACAUCCCUGGAGCAAUGGCCGGCAUUGUUUUAGGUGGAAUUAUCAUAAAGAGGUUCCAGUUAUCCUCUCGGCAGUGCGGAGCCAUGUGUGUCAUUGGAUUGUUCUGCUGCGUCCUGAUUGCUCUUCCGCUGCUCUUCUUGGGAUGCUCGACACAACAGUUUGCAAGUCCCCAUGCUGACCAAGGUUUAAGUGUUGGACUUUGGCACAAUGUGACCGAGUGCAGCAGCGAAUGUGGCUGCUCCGAAUCCGCUUUCAACCCAAUCUGCAGUGCAGACGGCAUUGAGUACAUCUCUCCGUGCUACGCCGGGUGUGAAGGCGUCAACUUUGAUUACAAGGAUAAUAAAGUGCUGAAUUACACCCGGUGCCGCUGUAUAACAUCUCCAGGAUCCGGAAACUCAGCCACUCCUGGGUCAUGUGGAACCAGCUGUUACCAUCUCUUACUGCCCUUCAUGAUCCUGUCCUGCCUGGCCGGAACACUGGCCAGUACAUCCCAGACGCCAUCCUUUAUGCUGAUACUUAGGAGCGUUAACCCUGCUGAAAAGUCCCUGGCAAUCGGCAUACAGUUCAUGCUCCUGAGGAUCCUUGCCUGGCUGCCGGGUCCUGUCAUGUUCGGCAGUAUGAUUGAUAGCACCUGCAUACUAUGGGGAAAAAAGUGUGGAGCCAAAGCAGCCUGCCAAUAUUAUAAUACCGAUCUGCUGAGGCAAAGGUACAUCGGCUUGCAGAUUCUCUUCGAAAUAGGAGCUUUGAUCUUCUUUAUAGCUCUUUACUGUGUGAUACGUCACAAAGACAAGAACAAGGUAGAGGAUGAAAAAAAAACAGAGACACACAAGUUAAAUGAAAAGCAGGAAAAUCUUAUAGUUGUCCAAAGUCGGGAGCAUGAGAUGGCUGCGUAGAUCACCGUUGUAUACGGGGAUGUUUUCUUCAUCUGAUAGAGUACGUCAGAUAGAGUAUUAGCCGUGUCUGCACUGUGCCCUCUAAACAGGAGACCUUCACUAUACUUUUAGGAGAAGUUCUUAAGGAAUAUCUCAUCUUCACACACAACAUUAACCAGCAAUCCCUCGUUCUACCUGCAAACAAAGACUGAGCCAUUUUAAUUUACAAACCUAUAAAGCUAUCAAAAACAUUGUACGGAAAAGGACUUGUCCAUGGAGCAAAGUUUAUGAUGAAGCUGAUAGAAAAAACAUUGGAAAAUGACGCAGCUCUGAUAUACUGCCACCACCCUCUGCCUAAGGUUGUCAUAAGUUUCCUUCCCUUUUUCUAUUUCCAAUCAUUGCCCAAUAACAUAUGUUACUUCUCCGACAGAACUGGAAAAUAUGUUUGGUGAUUCACCCACAUGCGUCAAGCUUGGUCGUGGAUUAGGAGUAGACAGGAAUUACUUACCAAAAACAUAAACUUGAGUUCAAGCUGUUUUUUUCAAACAAGUUGUGAAACCAAAGGCCUAUAAGCAAUAAAAAAGAUUGUAAAUACAAGGACAGUAAUAUUUUUAUACAUCUUUUAUAUAAAAUGAACUACUUGGCUUCAAGUUAAAGUAACUUGUUCUACAAUUUA